AUGGCCUCAAAACGGCACUUGGAGUCUCUGGACCCCGUGAUUUUCAACAAGCUACCUCGGCUGGAGACAGAGCCCACCACCAGCUUCCCCGAUGGCCUCUGCAAAUCCAGCCCUGUACCCAGCUCUGAAAACCAUUUCAACUACAAGGGCUCCUACUUCGCCUGCCCGCUGCAAAGUCCCGAUGGCCCCGAGCAGCCCCUGGUGCGCUGGAGCCCAGCGGCCACCUACCUGCACUAUGGCACUGGUGCUGGCAGCCAGCCCAUGCCGGUGGAGGGGCCGCUGGUGAGCUGCCUACUGUACCGACCCGAGAGCCUGGGGACUGGGCUGCAGCCCCCGGGUGCCGAAAAGGGCAAGGACAGCCUGAUGCGGGAGCUGCUAAUGGCGAGGGAGAAGUGGACUAGCCCACCACCAGCUCCAGGACACCCCUUCCCAGUGAAGAAGCCAGUGGCGGUGAACAAGGCCGCCCCCCUGGCUGUCCCCAGGCCGGUGUACAGAGCCCCGGCAUGCUUCAUGGACCCCAGGAUGGCCCUGCCACUGGGAGCCCGGGCAGAGAGCCUGCAGCAGAGGCAGAAGGGGCCUCGCCCCGCCGCCCCCCCCGCCAGCCACCCUCUCCACCCUGGCGAGCCCCGUGGUGGCACUGGGCUGCACAAGGGGGGUCCCCACUCCGACCCCAGCCUCCCACCGCUGCACCCCAGCCUGGCGCUGCCUGCCAAGGAGAAGGUGGGCUCCCCCGUCGCCUUCUCCCCCUACUACACCACCUUUGAGAAAUACAGGGGCCCCCCCAGUACCCCUUUCCUGGAAGCCAGCUGCCCCGCUACCCACAGCCAGAGGACAGUGCCCAAGGUCCCCAGCCUCAGCCCGGACCCCUGGCUCAAGCUCCAGCCGCCCACCGCCAGCCCGGCAUACCGGGAGAGGCCGCCGGCGUGCUACCCGCAGACCCACUACCCACUGCCCCUCCACAAGGCUGCCCUCCUCUACCACCCCCCGGCUCCCACCAUCAAGGCACAGCCUAGCUCCCUGCCCAGCGCCUACAAAGGCUUCAGCUUUGCAGGAAGCGGGGAGCCCUUUCCCAGUGCUUACGUUAAGACUGAAGCCCCAAGGAGCUACUUUUCCAGCCCUUUGGACACCUGUGUGCCAAGGGCAGCCGGUGCUGGUGCAGUGGCAUCACCGCCUGCCAAGUCAGUGGCGCUGCCAAGGGAUGCCGAGCCACCGCAGCGAGCUGGCUACUUGCCGAGCCCUGGCUUCGCCUUCAGCCCUGUCGACACGGCUGUAUUUGGCACCUCCUUUGCCAGCACAGAGCCGGGCUGCCAGCAGCGCCGGGCGGAAAGUCCCCGGCAGCGAGCAGCAGUGAGGCACAACAGCGCUUUUCAACCCGUCUGUGUCCUGGAGAAGGUGUCCAGGGGCUCCAGUGGGCUCGCAGAGACAUUUCCCAAAGGAGAAGGGGGCUGGGUGAAGCCCAGCCAGAGGGAGAAGGAGCCCCCCUGCCCAGGGAGGAGGAGAGCCAGCCCGGCCCCCCAGGAGGCCCCCCGCAGGGAACCACCAGCUCCCAUCGUUGUAGGGAAGGGAGAUGCCUGCAAGGUCAAGGAUUUAGCCAAGGAGCUCGUCCCCCCUUCUCUGGCUGCCUCCCCCCUGGAGGGGCUGAAAGUCCCGAGGGACGGCGAGGUUUCUCCUUCCUCCCCACCCAUGCCAGUGAUCAACAACGUCUUCAGCCUGGCACCUUACCGAGACUACCUGGAGGGGACUGAGAGCUCAGCCCAGGUCCCCUUCUCCAGGGACCAUCUCCAGGGGGACACCCCACCCCGGAUCGCAGGGAGCAGCCGUGAGCCCGCUGCCCUCGGGGACACAGGCAGUGGUGCGGUCCAAAGCCAAGGGGAAAGCUGUUAUGGAAGGGUCCCUGAAAAGCCAAAGCUCGUUCCCCAAGACCUGGGGUCUCAGGGGGGCAGCCCCAGCGGGGCGGGGAGUGGGAAGCCGGCCCCCGAGGGCAUUGCGCUGGACCUCAGCUUGAAGAAGAGACUGGUGAAAACCGGGGAGACCCGGGGACCCAUCGGACGCACGGAGGGGAUGCCUGCGCUGCCCUUGCUGCUUGAGGUGGGCUCUGGGGACAAGAGCAACUUCCAGAGCUCAGCCACCUUCAUGUUCAAAAAAUACAAGAUCCUGCGCUCCCUUCCCCCCAGCACCGUGCCCCCCCGGCAGGCUGGCAGCCCCCACGCCCCCCAGCCAAGCAGCCCCCCGACCUCGCAGCCUGUCCCCCAGCCCAGUGCCUGCGCUCUGCGGGAGGCUCACCCGGACCUGCAGCAGCCCCCGCAGCCUGAAGCUCCCCACGCACCAGGAGAGGAGAGUGUCUCGCUGCCCGGGCAGUGCGAGGCCCCUGCCCCACAGACCUCCGCCGGCCAGUAUUUCACCACCCUGCACACCUCACUCUGCGACAUUAUUUCAUGCUCGGUGUCCAGGUCCUCCCCGGAGCUCCUGCGGGAGUGGUUGAAGAAGGCAGAGCCGGCAGAGGAGCUCGGAGAGAUGCCCAAAUCCCCCCCCAAGCCCAAGAAUGGCUCCAAGAUCCCUGAACCUCAGAAGCCCACCAAAGGCAAGGAGAUCUGGCUGGCUUUCCAGGACGUGGCUGCUCUCCUCACCAACCUGCUCUCUCAACUGGAGACCUUCAUGUUCGCUCACAAGUGUCCUUUCCCCCACGUAGUCCGUGCAGGGGCUGUCUUCAUCCCCAUCCACGUGGUGAAGGAGAAGCUCUUCCCCAAGCUCCCCGGGGCCGCCGUUGACCAAGUGCUGCAGGAGCACAAGGUGGAGCUGCGUCCCACCACGCUCUCGGAGGAGAGGCACUUGAGGGACCUGGAGCUGAAGAGCUGCACAUCACGCAUGCUGAAGCUCUUGGCGCUCAAGCAACUCCCUGACAUCUACCCAGACCUGCUGAACCUCCACUGGCAUGACUCCAUCAGGCAGCAGCUCGGUAGCCCUGGCCUGGAGGCACUGAAAGCUGAUGGCAGAACGAUAGCCAUGGGUAGCACGAAGAAAAAGGAGGUGCUAAGGAACGUGUCAAGGGCAACAGCCGAGCCGCCCACCUGCGAGGACAGGAAAGGGAAGGUCCCUCUCGUCCCCAGAGCGAGCAGAUCUCAGCCGAGCUGCGAGCUCUAA